UAACAUGUUAGCUUUCCUAAAAUCAAUCAAAGUAACACUGAGCUAGACAUUAGUAUCGAAUACAGAAUUAUUACCUGUCAAACGAAAAUAUUAGUGUAGAAGUUAUAAAUUUAUGAAAAUAUUCUUGAUAUUUUCAUUCGUGAAGGAACUUUCAAACUGAAUGCACGCGUUUAGUAUUGCUCCCCGCCAGUAUUUAAUUAUUUGCACUAUCAAUCAAAAAAUAUAUCAGCAUUAUGUUGAUAAAAGUUGCAGAGUGAAGUAAACGUCAUAAGACGCGUUUUACAUGAUCGUAUAAUCAAUAGGAAAGUGAUAAUUUAUAAUGAAAAUUGAAAGUUUGGUUCAUAUUAAAAAGAGCGAAAAAUAAAAUGAGAAAGAUGUAAAUAUAUCUUUGUCUCUUUUCCGCAAUCAGUGAUGAAUUAAAUGCAUGUGUUAGUGAAAAACGAAACAAAAAUAAGAAAAAAAGUAUAUAACUUCGAAUAAAGGAAGAAAAUAAAAAAAAUCAAAAGAAAAUAAAAAGUCAAGAAGAAAAUCCAACUGAAAUUAGAUGUCAAUCAUUAGUGAUGUCAUUAGUUAUGUGUACAUAAGUCGGUGAUGAUACGUAAACCACAGUAACACCGCUUUAUUUUCAUUAAAAUUAAUGUCUAAAAUCGAAAGAAAACAUAAAAGAUUUUUUUUUAAUUUUUCGAUUUGUUAGUCGAAAAUUGUUAAGUUCAAUAUAAAGCAAGUGAAUUAAGAUAUAAAUCGAAAUUGUUUACAAAUGACUUCAGCACCAACAAUGUCUGCAAUAUCAGCCAAACGAUUGUCAUGCUAUUUGUGCGAUUUGCCUCGAAUGCAAUGGGCCAUGAUUUUGGAUUUCUCUGAAGCUGUGUGUCGUGGUUGUGUGAAUUAUGAAGGCGCUGACCGCAUCGAGUUGGUGAUAGAAGCCGCUCGACAAAUGAAGCGACUUCACGCUGCCACGACCGGCAAUGCCAAAAGAAGUAAUUUUGAGAACGGUGAAGUUUCUCAUCGAUCGGUUCCUUCACAAAUACAUCAUCAUUAUUUGGCAACAAAUGCAACAACACAAAUGCAACGUGCACCAAUGAUGGAAUUUGUACCGAAAACAGAAAAAAUUGAGCCACAUGAAGCUAAUGGCGGUCGACCGGUCGUAGCACGCAUUGCCCAGCAACAACAACAACAUUUAGUUCCACCCCAUCACUUAACACAUGCCAGUCGAUCAGCUGCUCCAACCACCGUCUCAAUCAACCUCAAACGACCGCCAACCGACGAUGAUGAGCAUAACGACGGCCCCUCACAAAUGAAACGAAGUACAGAAGAAAAUCGACCACCUCUGCAGCGAGGUGAAUCUUUACCAGCUGUUCCAUUUGCUCCUGAGAGACAACAAAGCUUUAAAGAUAAACAUCCAGUUAGAGCUCCAUCAUUCGAUGGAGCCUUUAAGUCUGGAGCAGUUUACCCAGCUACAAUGACUCUGCCUGCUGUUUCAUUAGGUGAAUCAUCAUCAUUGUCCACAUCUAUCGCAUCUUUACAUACUCCUAUGGCUAAUUUAAUGUCAAUUACAGAAACUUUACCGCCAGGGAGUCCAAGAAAUGGCAGUCCACCUACAGGUCCACAACCACCACGUACUUCAUCACGUGGCAGCCAAAAUUCACCAAGUUCAGGAUCAUCAAGCGGACGACGGUCUUCAGGAUCACGGCACGUGUCAAGUACAACAGUGACAUCAACCGAAGUUCAAUCGCAAUCAAAUAACAAUUCAACGGCAAACAAUUCUAGUGCGCCAUCCGGAAAUGUUAAUAAUUCGGUAUCAGCUGUAAAUGGACAAUCCGUUGAUGCAAAUAACGUACCUGCAGCACUACCCGCGCCACCUGUCAAUCCUACACUUAAAUGUACGAUUUGUCAAGAACGAUUAGAAGAUACUCACUUCGUUCAAUGCCCAUCCGUUGCUCAUCAUAAAUUCUGUUUUCCAUGCAGUCGUGAAAGCAUCAAACGACAGGGAUCUGGUGCUGAAGUUUAUUGUCCAUCGGGUGAGAAAUGUCCAUUAGCAAAUUCGAGUAUACCAUGGGCAUUUAUGGCAGGCGAGAUUGCAACAAUUCUUGGUGAAGAAUUAAAAGUGAAAAAAGAACGGGAAACUUAAGGAACAUAACAAGCCGCUGUUUUUUUAAAUUAGUUUUUCAAUGAAUUUCUUUUCGUUUUGGAGACAAACAUUGUCGAGAUUGUUUUUUUUCAUAUUUUUUUGGGACAAUGCACAAGACGUCGUUGUUACUAUUUGUAUGAAAAACAGUGAAUAAUUUUGUUUUUCAAUGCGAAACAUUAAGUGAAAGAUGAAAGAAAAAGAAUAAUAAUGAACAAACAAUCAAAUCCCAUAUCAAUAAAAUGGAGCAUUUAAAAAAAUUUAUACAGAACUCAACAUAACUUUCACUCAUCCACUCACACUCUGUCUUGCCUGUUUUCUUCUCCCAUAUACACAAUUUCCGGUUCCUUCAACUGUUUUCUUAUCAAGAGUUUACUGUAUGACUGUCAACAUAGAAUUACAGUGAAAGUUCUCUCAAAGUAAAUUAAUAACUGUUCGAUUCGGAAAAUAAAGGCAGUCAAAGACUCUUCAAUUUCCCUUAAAGAGAAUUUUUACAUUCGAUAAAAUAAUAAAUCGAAAAAGAAAAAACUUAAAGUACAUAUGAAAAUAAUUCUGGAACAUACAAAAUAAAUAAAAAAUGGAAGAAAAAAUGAUGUGAUGGUGUGAAGCAUCAUUUUAAACGUCGAUGAAAUGUCGCAAUCACAAAUAUUUAUUUUAGAUUUUAAAUGAAAUAUGUGAUAAGAUAUGAGUUGAUAAUUCAUAAACACAUAUUUCUUCUUCUUAUUUCUUUUUUAAUUUUUGUUGUGGCUCAAAUGUUGAUAAACGUGAGCUAGCAUAUGAUGCCUGUUGUGAAAUAAAUUGAAGUAAAUUGAAAUGCUUUCGAUGUUCGUUCUUUUCUUUUUUAAAUAUGUACACAAAUGAGAUUGAAAUUUCAUUGUCGUCAACAACAGAUUGGACGUAUGAAGCGUUUGCUUGAGACUUGUAACAAUUUUCGUAUGUUUUUUUGUCGUAAGCUAUUUUUUCUUCUUUUAUGAAAGCUUUGCUUCAUCCGAAGAGUAUCGAAAUAUUUUUUUUUGUUGACAUUGUUGUGGGUGGAAGUGUGAAAUAUUUUCACAACUAUAAGUCUUUUGAUCCCUUCGGCUCUUCGGAUUCUUCGGAUAUUGAAAGUGUCCAAUGUUGACACAAGAAACACGCACGGAAAACUCGAUGAAUAAAAGAAGAAGUGAGAAAGAUAAGCUACAACGUUAGAAGAAAAAAAGAGAAUUUGACAGUAAGAAAUCGAUGAGAUUGUCUUUCAUAAGAAAAUAUAUAUUUUCGAUGUAAAUAAAUAAUAUUAAUUAGGUUCUUUUUCUCAAGCUUUUUCCAUUUAGUAUGCUAAUCGUGAAUUGAACAAAAGAAAACACUUUGAUAAUACUUAUCUACAUAUUUAAUUUUUUUAUGUAUUUAUUUUUAUUUCAUGUCAUCAUCGACCUCAUCUUUCUUUUAAAUCGAUGAAAUCAUCUCUAAAUUAUUUUUUAUGAUGGAAUUUAAUGAAAUCAGGGCCAUUAAUUUGUACAUGUAUAAGCAUGAUAAUUUUCCACGACUUUUACUUAAACUUUAUUUACUGUUAAGCAAGAUAACAAAUUGAAUGGAUAUUGGAAAAAAUCGAAACGAAUUAGCAGCAAAGCUUCCUUUGUAAUUAUUUUCAACUUUUCUUGGCUUCUCUUUCUGAAUACUUUUCGGAAACUAAUAGAAAUCGUAUCUAAAACUAAGCAAAAAUUUUAUGCAUGAUGAAAAUCUAACAAGCUGAUAUUUAAGCUUGGCUAAUCGAAAGAAUAAUCAACAGAUGAAAUAAAAAAACCUACGUUCGUGGAUGCAUGCAGGAAAAUGAAAUUUCUUUUACUUGGUAGAAUCAGGAAAGUUUCAAAGGAGUUUCCGCUAUUCAAAAUAGUUAUUAUGAGAAUUGCUAAAGUAGAGAAAAUUAAUAUCAAUGUUAAUUAAAAACAGUAUGAGAACUUUCAAUUUCGAAAAGUGAAAAGCAAUUUCAAUAAGUCGAGAUUUUGUAUUGUCGCAUUUUUUCUCGAUGCUAUUUUAAAUGAAGCUCAAAGCAAAAAGAACGAUUAAGAAUUUUCACUUGACAAGCGAAAAGCUUUCGAGAUGUGUAUGAAGAAAUAAAUUUGUAGAAUACUUUAAUGUUGCGUAAAUGUUUUCAUAUAUUUGGAGUAAAAAUUUAUACAAAAACAUAAAGAGAAUCAAACUUUUGAAAACUUUCUUUUUGGAAUUGAACAAAAAUAAAGAAUUAACUUUUUCGAAUACAAAGAAAACAUAAAAUAAAAUCCCAACAACAUAAGUAAAGAAAAAGAAGAAAUAAAAAUCAUUUGUAAAUAAAUUAUAAUCCACAAUCGCACAUUUAAAUAAUUCAAUAACUUCAUAAAAUUCAAAUCAAAAAUUUGUAGAAAAAAAUGAAUUUGUUGAUAAAUACAAACAAACAAAAUAUUAAGCAAAAUUAAUCAUCAUUGGAAUAUAAAACAAAGAAAAUAAAUAUAAAAUUUUCAUGAACAUUAAAAUUAAAAAUUUUCUGGAAAGUCUUAAUGUUGAAAUUUUGGGAGACUUUUCUUUUUUGAUGAUGACGAAAUAAGAUUUCUGGAAAAUCUUUCAUUGGUUUGGUUGCAGUUGAAUUUUUCAAAUAAUGAGAAUUUGACGCAAAAUUGGACAAAAAAAACAUUUUUUUGAAUGUAAAUGUCGAUGAAGAAUUUGAAAAAAGUGAAAAAUAAAGAAAAUAAAUUUC